AUGUCGUCAACACAACCCUACAUCGUACCCGAUGACUAUAACGAGACCUGGAACGAUGACGACAGUGAUAUCGAGCUUCUCGACUAUGAUUCCGAGUCCGAUCUUGAGAUCACCGCGGUCAGUUCUCGUGAGGCGUCUGCUACACCAACCACUCCGAGCUCGAACGAGGGAAAGAGCCGCACGCGCCAACCUCCCCCAAGCAACGACAUAUCUCUACCGGAUGUUGCGAUACAGACAUACAAGAUCAGCACAAGUUUCGUCAUAAAGCCGGGCGAUACCGUAGAGUUGAAAGAUCGUUCGAAUCAAGAUGAGGGUGCUAUGCAUUCGGGAGAUUUUCUUCGUGUCAAAACCAUCAUUAUGAACCUGGAGACGGACGAGGUACGACUCCGAGGUUGGCGAAUGCGACGCACUAAAUACCUUGGCCAGAUCUUCGAUUGGAAGAUGAACGAGUUGGGCAUGGUCCUCCGUCUUGACGAAGAUGAUCGUAGAUCGCCUUUUGUCGCGGGCAUGGAAGACGUCGAAAUCGAAGAGGUUGACCGAGCGCGCGAGUGUACGCUGACCAACAAACCUUAUCCGUUCCUCAGCUUCCGAUCCGAGGGUCGUGCUGCAUGGCCGAAUAGUAUGAGUAAGGACGACAUCAAGAAGCAAAUAUUCCACGGUGGCAGGCUCACUUGCCGUGUUGUCAACAUUCUCUACAUGAGCGGCACCAGAUCGAAGCCAUACGGCGGUAUUGUUCGUCAUCUAUAUACCCACGAGGCGGAUGCAACUGCGACUCCAGCUCCCACUCAGGGUCCCGGUUUCUCUCGUGAGACGUCGAUAGCGAUAGAAGAUUCUAAAGAGCCUGGCUACGUUGUCGUGAGCGAGGAGCCUUCCGCGAAGAAGCGGCGUGCACGCGAUGAGUCUCCUGACUUCGAGAUCUUGGACCAUGAGCCAUCAAAACGAAAGAUUCGGCAUCCUUCGAAGCAGGGCCGUCUGGUAUUCGGCGACGUAUUCUGCGGAGCUGGAGGUGCAAGUCAAGGCGCGGCCCAAGCCGGGUACUAUGUUCAAUGGGGUCUCGACAAUGAUAAAGACGCGUUUGCUGCAUACCGCCUGAAUCAUCCUGGCGCGUACGCAUGGAAGAUGAAUGCGCAUGACUUUCCGCCAAACGGUAUUAGUAAGGAGAGCUGGAAAGUCGAUGUGCUUCACCUCUCGCCUCCUUGCUGUUACUGGAGCCCCGCACAUACCAGAGACGGACCUAAGGAUCAAGAGAACUACGAAGCCAUCUACACCGUUGGUCCGAUCCUUAACAAGGUCAAACCGCGUGUCGCAACCCUGGAGCAGACGUUUGGCCUCGCGACGCACGAACAGCAUAAGAGGAACUUCCUUAUGCUCUUGUACGACAUCGGUAAAGCCGGCUACGAUGUCCGCUACAAGAUCCAGGACCUCUCGCAGUACGGCCUCGUGCAGAAGCGUAAGCGAUUGCUCAUCAUUGCUGCCAGACGGGGUACGCCUCUCCCUCCCUUCCCAAAGCCCACGCAUGGCGCUUCAGGAACUGGUCUAAAGCCCUUCGUGUACAUCGACGAUGCCCUCACACACAUUACCCGCCAGGGCAGCCGAGCUAUGAACGAUCCUUACCAUCAGCCUAAACUGUUUCCCAUCCCUAAACCAGCCUACGAUGCGCGGACUUUCCUCCGCGGCUGUAUAACGACCGGCGGUACAACAGCCUGCCAUCCUUCGGGCACACGCAACUUCACACCUCGCGAACUCUCUCUGUUCCAGAGCUUCCCAUACGUGUAUGAGUUUACUGGUGCCAAUGGUGAGGCCACGAAGCAGAUAGGCAAUGCCUUCCCACCAAUCAUGGCCCAAGCAAUUUACCAGACUAUUGCAAAAACUCUAGAAGCCUUUGAAAAGGGCCUUAUCGGAGCAGAAGAUGACCUCUCUGAUCUGGAUUUGAUUCUGGAACAGAGCGGUGAGAGCGCUCCUCAACAGCGACGGCUCGACAGCUUCACCGGAAGCGCAACACCCUCCAGAUCUUCUCGAACUGCCAGCUCUAGGAUGGCGAGAGCUACUGAGUCGCGAACUGCAUCGCCUUCCACGCGCCAUACGGCAGAGUCGAUGCAACCACGACGCAGGAAUGCAAGCGGCUUUCCGUCUUUGAAUCUCCUCGAUGGGGUGCUGGAUGGCAUCAGUAAUUACGCGAACAGGAGCACCGCUUCCGCCAGCAGGUCCACCGGACGACGUCGCGAACCUAGUAUUCCAGGCGAUGAUGACGAAGUCAUCCAUAUCCCCAGCGACAGCGAAUGA